AUGUCAAACCGCCGGAUGCCAGCUGAUGUCGAUCAAACUCAUUCUGCAAUCCCUUCAUCCGCGAGCGAACAACUACAAGAUAACCAGCCCCGCACUCAAGCACAUUCCCUUUCUUCUUCUUCUGCUUCUUUCCACCAAUCCACUUCCGCACCAGCAACUGCUACAGGCGACCAGCAGUGGUUUCCACAAUCUCAGCAGAUGAUCGUCACCAGCUCUUCCUUCUAUGAUCCCACUCAAGCUUCGGCAUCUACACCCCAGUGGAGAAUACUUUCCCCGACAACACACAACAUACCAGCAGCCAUCAAGUUCAACAGCAGCAGUAUUCACAAGCACGCCCCGUCGUACCCGCUGCACGGCGCUCGACACGUGGUAGCGCCAGGUCUUCUGGGUACUAUAGGCAAGGGAGUGCACAAAGCCAGCAAUACUCGCAAGUCACUCCUUCCGUUCCUCUCAAUCCUCCUUCAGCCCAACCUCCUCCUCAGCCGUCUCAACAGCCAACAGGCUAAUCCCACGCUGCACAGUGCUGAACACCAGUACCCGGCUCAGCAGCCCCAGCCCCAUUUCUCUCCUCCGCCUCAGCCUACCCAGUCCCAAUUCCAGAUCCAACAAACCCAAUUUCCGCCUACCCCACAGUUUUCCCAGAGUCAGGCUCAGCCUAGGCCGCAUAGUCAGUCUCGCAACCCCAUCAUCCUCAUGUUCCAACGCAAUCGCAUGCACCCCCUCACGCUCAAACGCAAUCCCACGUACACCCUCAUGUCCCUACACACGCCCAAUCUCAACCUCAGGUCCACACCCCUCCGAAUCAGUCUCAACACUAUUCAGGACCGUUAG